UGUUUACUGGCCGUUGCCACUUAUCGCCGGGCUGACGGACCUGGGCGCCAGCCAGUCUCUCUACAGCGUGUGGGAGGGGGCGGGGCCUGGAGAAGCCUACGAGGAGAGCACCGGGGAAGCACUCGGUGGCCAUGAGAAAGGAGACAGCGAAGGGAAAGGCCACGUUUGAUGAGCUGUCAAGGAAAGACUAGAAAGAGAUGGAGCCGUCCACGUUUAGCCUCUGCCUUGGGAGUGCCUCAUGAUGCGCGUGCGCAGAAAGCAGCUCAGGAUUGGCUGAUGGGAAGGCAUUGACCUCUCGUUCUAACCAAUCAAGAUGCGCCUGGGGGCGGGCCUUGGCUCUCGUUGGCCGGCGAGGGGUCUGCGCGCGGGUUUCGUCGCGUCGCAGCUGCUUGAGCCAGUCGUUCGGGACGGCGCCAUGGAGUCAGGGCUGAUCGUGCGUUUCGCCCCGCGCUUGGGCAUCGCCGAGCCAGGUGUGCUGAGGAAAGCAGAAGAGUAUUUGCGACUGUCCCAGGUGAAGUGUGCUGGCCUGUCUGCGCACACCACGGAAACCAGCAAUGCAGUCAUGUGCCUGGACCUCGCAGCUUCCUGUAUGAAGUACCCCUUGGACAGGGCUUAUUUAAUUAAACUUUCUGGUUUGAACAAGAAGAUGUAUCAGAGCUGUCUUAAAUCUUUUGAGUGUUUACUGGGCCUGAAAUCAAAUAUUGGAAUAAGAGACCUAGCUGUACAGUUUAGCUGUACUGAAGCAGUGAACAUGGCUUCAAAGAUACUGCAAAGCUAUGAGUCGAGUCUCCCACAGGCACAGCAAGUAGACCUUGACCUAUCCAGGCCCCUCUUCACCAGUGCAGCACUACUUUCAGCAUGCAAGAUUCUAAAGCUAAAAGUGGAUAAAAAUAAAAUGGUAGCCACAUCUGGUGUAAAAAAAGCCAUAUUUGAUCGACUGUGCAAACAGUUAGAGAAGACGGGGCAGCAGAUUGACAGAGAGCCUAGAGAUUUAGCCACUCCACCACGGAAAAAAAAGAAGACAGUGGUUGAACCCACAGCAAAAGAAACAGAGAAGACAGUAGAGAUUCCACCUAAACCGCAGAAAGAUGAAGAUCUGACGCAGGAUUAUGAAGAGUGGAAGAGGAAUAUUCUGGAAAAUGCUGCCAAAGCACAGAAGGCCACAGCAGAGUGAUUUCAGCACCCAGACUGGCAGGUGCUACAAACCAGCAGUGCCCCUUCCCCCUCCGGGAAGAGCUGAGGGCUCUGAAACUUUGCUUGAACUUUUGUACCUUUUAUAACAAGGAUCGUAAGACUUUAUGGCAAAGAAGCCAGCACAGGGGCUGUUCUGGCACCGUGCUGACCCCUGACGUCAGCCACAGUGCCUGAUUUGUGUAGACUUGGCUCGCCACAGGCCUGCUCUCCUACAAAAUGAAGUUGGACUUGUUUUUAAGCAAAAGACGGUCUCCUCUCCUAUCCAGAAUAUGAAAUUCAGGCUGUAAGGAGUCUUAAAGAUUUUUCUUAAGUUUUUGUAAAAGUUUUUUGGUUUGAUGGAAUCGAUAGAUGGUGUAGCCUAAGUUAAUAAAUGUUAUUUUUCUAUGCAUUUGAA